AUGGUCGUUAUCACGACUCCACCGAACACACAUUACGACCUAGCUAAGCUGUGCCUCAAAGCCCGGAAGCAUAUCUUGGUUGAGAAGCCGUUCAUCUCAAGGCUCGAAGAUGCAGACAAUCUCAUGAGAUUAGCUUCAGAAGUUGGCCGGCUUAUUUGCGUGUACCAAAACAGGCGAUUUGACAGCGACUUCCUCACCGUCCAGAAGCUUGUUCAAGAUGGUGCCUUUGGUCGGAUUCAUGAGAUCGACAGCCACUUCGACUACUAUCGGCCAGAGUCCGCAGAGUCUUGGAGAGGACAGCUGAGCACGACCGAGGGAGGCGGUGCUCUGUUUGAUCUUGGUUCACACCUGAUCGACCAGGCUUACACCCUGUUUGGCUUACCAAGCUCAGUCUAUGGACGCCUUUUGAACCAGAAACGGGGAUGCCUAGAUCUUAUGCACCCUGAUAGCGUCCAUGCGCAACUGAAUUAUGCAGAUGGCAUGAUUGUCAACAUACGAAUCAGCGACAUGAGCGUUGAGUCACCACAACGCCGCUUUUGGAUCCGUGGCACCAAGGCAUCUUACAAGAAAGAUGGCAUGGAUCCACAAGAAGCUCAACUAGAAUCUGGUCUGCUACCAACAAGUUCAAACUUUGGUAUUGAGAGGGCGGGCAGUGAGGGGCGGCUGGUUAUCGUCCGCAAGGACGGCACAAUUGAAGAGCUCAGUCGGCCCUCUGUGCGUAGCCAAAACUAUGGCGCUCUGUACCAAGGAUUUGCGGAGGCAGUCUGGUCUGGGAAUGAGGACAUGGUUCCAGUAUCCGCACUUCAGGCCAGAGAGGUCUUGCGCAUUUUGGAGUCGGUGUAUGCAAGCGCGAAAGUAGACCAGGUUGUCAAGCUCUGA